AUCACAGUUUUCAAGUACCCGAAGGGCGUACACAAUGUGUAUAAGGUGAACCAAAAGCAGUUCCAGAACUGCGACAUCGCAUCGGCCACGAAGAAGUACACUUCUGGAGGGGACACCAUUACAUUAAAGAGCGGAACAAGUUGGUUUAUCUGUGGCGUAGGAGAUCACUGCAGGAAUGGUCAAAAGCUCGUCGUCAAUGUCAAUUAA